UGAGCGGUUAAACAUUCAUUUGAAAAGCUGUGUUAACAUGACUUGCAGUUUUCUGUAUGACAAGUAAAACGAGUCUAGGCAAUGCCAAGAUAUGCAACUCAUUCAUGCCAAAAAGCAGUUGGAAGAUGGAUGCAUUUAACGCUUUCAAAAAAACCCACAGUAAAAUUAAGUGACAGUGUAUUAAGUUUAUUUGUCACCACUACAAUAAUAGUCUCCAUCUCCACGAAAAACCAAACUUUCUCCGAACUAUUAUUUACAGAUUCGCAUUUGUCGCGCAAAUAUUUUGGCCCUAACUGCUCGCCGUCGCGUGUUUUUUCGCGUUUGUUUUAUAGGACGUCUAAAAUGGCGGUGGAAGGUUCGUCCACGUCUCAACUAGGUUUGGCUUACCACAAUGUUGGGGAUUAUUACCCCAGAAAACUCGGCCCCAAACCCGACGUUGUCCCUUCCGGGGUAACGGAAAGAAAAGUCAGCCCUUCGGAUAAGCCUGACAUGGUGGCCGUGGACGUUAUCAACAUCAAGGAGCCAGAUCUUCCAGUGCAUCGGAAGAAGCGGGAAACUGACACGUAUGUUUUGGGAACCAUCCAUCCUUUCCGGAAAACCCACAGAUCCUUCAUUGGCAAGUUUGCUCAAGAGUUUUGCUCGGUGGCUGCAGACAGACGGUCCUGGCGCAUCCUGCUGUUUGGGGCUCUCAACGUGGUCUGCGUCACCUGUCUGCUCACCUGGUGCAACUCCUCCAACAGCAUGGCCUUAACUGCAUACAGCUACCUCACCAUCUUCGAUCUUUUCAGUUUGAUUACUUGUCUCAUAAGUUACUGGGUUACCAUGACGAAACCCAGCCCAGUCUACUCUUUCGGGUUUGAGCGGUUUGAAGUGCUGGCAGUUUUCGCCUCCACGAUGCUGGUGCAGCUGGGAUCCCUCUUCAUCCUCAAAGAGAGCGUGGAGCGAUUGAUGGAUCAGCCAGAAAUUCACACAGGCCGGCUGCUGGUGGGGACCUUCGUGGGCCUUUUCUUUAACCUGCUCACCCUACUGUCUGUGAAGAAUAAGCCCUUCGUUUACGUCUCGGAAGCUGCCAGCACCAGUUGGCUUCAGGAGCAUGUCGCAGACUUGAGCCGAAGCCUCUGUGGGGUCAUCCCAGGCCUCAGCAGCGUGCUCCUGCCUCGGAUGAACCCCUUCGUCCUGAUCAACCUGGCCGGCGCCCUGUCGCUCUGCGUCACGUACAUGCUCAUCGAGAUCAAUAACUACAGCGCCAUGGACACGGCCUCUGCGGUGGUCAUCGCCCUGAUGACCUUUGGCACCAUGUACCCAAUGAGCGUCUACAGCGGGAAGGUGCUGCUCCAGACCACGCCCUCCCACGUCAUUGGCCAGCUGGAUAAAGUACUCCGAGAGGUGUCUACGCUGGACGGGGUUCUGGAGGUCCGCAACGAGCACUUCUGGACGGUGGGCUUUGGCUCCUUGGCUGGCUCGGUCCACGUCCGCAUCCGCCGCGAUGCCAGCGAGCAAAUGGUCUUGGCCCAUGUGACCAGCCGUCUCCACACUCUGGUCUCCACGCUGACAGUUCAGAUCUUCAAGGAUGACUGGAUGCGGCCCCCCCUGGUGGCCAGCGGCCUCCCGGCAGGUGUGCUGGUCACCUCGGACUACAGCGUCCUGCCCGGUGCCCCGGCAAUGGCGGCCAAGCCGGCAGAAGAGCUGGACCCGCUGACCUCCACACCGGCCAAGCCGAGCAGCCCCCCACCCGAAUUUUCCUUCAACACGCCAGGGAAGAGCAUCAACCCAGCCACGCUGCCCAUGGCCCACUUCCACAGGCCUCACAGCCUGGGGCUCGCCUACGGGGCGGCCGCAUAUAACAGCGCUAUUGGACAGGGUGCUAUGCGGCCGGGCUCCGGGCUCAGGAUGGGAGCCAGCCUCGGAGUGGGCGUCGGCCUUUCUCCUAGUCAAUCUUUCAGAACUGCCUUGGGCCCCGCGCCUUACCGGUAUGGGGUGCAGGCCCCCCCUACACAGUUCACCCAGUUCAGACCCUGAGCCUGGAAAACGACAGAGAAAAGAUCCCGGGGGCAGGGGACUGGUACAGUGUUAUUUAUUUUCCUGGGACCUGGACUCAUUUUCAGCAUUAAAGGUUUUCUAUCAUUAUAUUUUGUGUUUCCCAGCGAGCGUUUGGGGUCCUAUGUUUGGUUUUUUGCAUCCUACACGUGCUCCAAAAAAGCAGGCGUGACUGUUUAGGGGUCACAUGACCGCCCCGCCCCCCGCAGCCGUCUGUCUGGCAUGCUUGUGGUUCUUAAUUCCCUUCCAUUAGUCCAUUCAGAAGCCUCUUGUUUAGUAGAAGGGAGAGUAGAAAUGGGCGUGGCAGUCAGCAUCGCUGUUGGGGAUUGGGUGGUGUGACCUCAUCGACUCUGAAGGGGAGUGGGUCAGAAUACACUUUAAAGGGAGCCGUCAGACUGUCAGUGUUUUUGGGAUUAAUUCUGGCCUCAUCUCCCAUGAGCAGAAUAGGGCCUGUUAGACUAACCCUGCUGCCCAGACUCAGGCCGCAGGGUCGUUUGUGGGGGCGGUGUAACUCCCUGAGAGUUACACGGUGGACGGGAGGAAUUCAUUCCUGUGCUUUUGGUCUCGUUACGGUAGCGCUGGAGAGGGACGGGCAUUUUGGCCUAGACACUAACCCCCCCCCCAGUCAUGAACAUUUUCAGACUUUCAGAAAGUGAACAACUGAAGCGUAUUUUACUGUGCGGUUUAUAUCGCAAAUGGUACCUGUAUCAUUUUAAUACUCUUAAGGUUCCUCUGUGAAGUACAACUGUUAGAACUCGAGGACUUACAUUCCAUUUAGUGCACAGGUUUUAGGAAUAAAAAAUAUUUACUGAA